AUGGCGUCGCGCCUCGACUCGCCCUUCGACCUGGAGCGCUGCGGGCCCGCCGUCGACCUCGCGCUCCAGGAGAUCAACGACAAGUACCUCGCGCCGCACGGCAUUCAGCUCGACAAGGUGCAGGCCAGUUACCCGUCGUGCUCCGGCGAUAUGGCGCCCGGGCUGGCCACGGACAUGCGCUUCUGGGACAACGUGAUGGCCUUCAUCGGGCCGGCGUGCGCCUUCGCACUGGAGCCGGUGGCCAGGCUCGCCGCCUACUGGAACAUCCCCAUCAUCACUGGCAUGGGCGACCAGCCGCCGUCCGAGGGCCAGCUGUCGGUCUCCUCCGGAAUCCUGGGUCGCCUGCACAAAUGGAAGAACGAGUCCUCGGGCAUCUUCCGGGAGAAGACGCAGUACUCGACGCUGACGCGCAUGUCGUACUGCCAGUGCCGGCUCAAGCUGGUGUUCGCCAGCAUCUUCCGCCAGUUCGGCUGGCGCCACGUCGCCCUGCUGCUCGACAGAUCCGACCUCUUCUCGCUCACCGUGGGCAAGAACCUGGAGCUGGGCCUGAAGCAGGAGGGCGUGCUGAAGUUCGUGCGCGAGCUGGACGGCAACGAGGAGCAGGAGGAGGUGCUGGAGCAGUACCUGCGCGACGCCAGCAUGUACGCGCGAGUGGUCAUCCUGAGCGUGCGGGGAGUGCUGGUGCGGAAGUUCAUGUUGGCGGCGCACGCACUGGGCAUGACCAGAGGCGACUGGGUCUUCCUCGACGUCGAGAUCUUCCAGGGCUCGUACUGGGGCGACCACGACUGGGCGGUGGGCGACGCGCACGACGCGGCCGCCCGGCGCGCCUACGAGGCGCUGCUGCGCGUCUCGCUGCUGCAGCCGACGGCCGGCCCGUUCCGGGAGUUCGCCAACGAGGUGCGCGCCAGGGCGCAGCACGACUACAACUACACCUUCUACGAGGGCGAGGAGGUGAACUUCUUCAUCGGCGCUUUCUACGACGGCGUGCUGCUGCUGGGCAUGGCGCUCAACGAGACACUGUCCGAGGGUGGUGACAUCUGGGACGGCCGGGCCAUCACCAGCCGGAUGUGGAACCGCCAGUUCACCGGCAUCACGGGCAGCGUGCGCAUCGACGACAACGGCGACCGCGACGCCGACUACGCGGUGCUCGACCUGGACCCCAUCACGGGCCGCUUCGUGGUCGUGGCGCACUACUACGGCCGCGACCGCCAGUACACCGCCGUCGAGGGGCAGCGCAUCCACUGGCCGGGCGGGCGCGAGGGGCCGCCCGCCGACGUGCCGCUCUGCGGCUUCCUCGGCAACCACCCGGACUGCGCCGACACCGGUGUGUACACGAUGGUGUUUUACGGCGGCACAGCUGCUAUCCUCUUCAUAGCCUUCUCGUGCACUUUCGCCUGCGUCGCUUACAGACACAUGCAAGUGGUGGCUGACCUGAACAACAUGUCCUGGAGGAUCCGUGCUGUUGAUGUUUUACCAGAACCCAGUAGGCCAUUCUCUUCAAGACUAGUACUGCAGCAGAGGAAUGAGACAAAUGAGCUGACAGACAAAAUUAAUAGUUCCCAUGGAUCCAUUGUCUCCUGCAAUACUAUGAUGUCAGCACAUGUGUACACUACAGUUGGCAUUUACAAGAUUGUCUGA